UCCGAGGACUUCGGCCUAGAGUAACCCCGCUAGGAUGACCUUUCCCCUUCAUUCCCCCACCUCCAGCGCCCCCCGCCCCCGUGUGCCUGCUGUGAUUGGGCGAGCGCGCUGGUCCCUCCUUCCCACCUUCCUCCCCAACUUCGGCUCACCCCUUUGGGUCCCCCACACGACUCUUCGUCAUGGCGGCUCUCAGCAAGUCCAUCCCUCAUAACUGCUACGAGAUCGGCCCACACUUGCACCCUCCUGCGGGGUUUCUUCUUGCAGAUCACUGGGGGCGCCCUGAGGAGUCCCUGAAGAUCUAUAUCCCCCUGUACUUGAUUGCAGCAAUUCUCCGGAAACGAAAAAUAGACUAUUAUUUACACAAACUACUCCCUGAGAUCCUACAGUCUGCUUCAUUUCUGACUGCUAAUGGGGCCUUGUAUAUGGCCUUCUUUUGCAUUUUAAGGAGGAUACUUGGAAAAUUCUACUCAUGGAGUCCUGGCUUUGGUGCCGCUUUGCCAGCUUCUUAUGUGGCCAUUCUAAUAGAAAGAAAAAGCAGGAGAGGGCUGCUCACAAUUUAUAUGGCUAACUUGGCCACAGAAACACUAUUUAGAAUGGGUGUAGCAAGAGGAACCAUCACCACGUUAAGAAAUGGAGAAGUCCUUUUGUUCUGCAUCACAGCUGCCAUGUACAUGUUCUUUUUCAGGUGUAAAGAUGGUUUGAAAGGAUUUACGUUCUCUGCACUUAGGUUCAUUGUCGGGAAGGAGGAAAUCCCCACACACUCUUACUCACCAGAGACGGCACACGCAAAAGUGGAACAGAAGACAGAACAGCAGGAGGAGAAGUCAAGAGGAAUGCACGUCAUUGCCCUAGUCAGGAGGCUUGUGGAUUCAGUAUGUAAGCACGGACCAAGGCAUAGAUGUUGCAAACACUAUGAAGAUAAUUGCAUCUCUUAUUGCAUUAAAGGUUUCAUCAGAAUGUUCAGCGUGGGAUACUUGAUCCAGUGCUGCCUCCGAAUCCCCUCUGCGUUUAGGCAUCUGUUCACAAAGCCAUCCCGGCUACUCUCUCUCUUCUACAAUAAAGAAAAUUUUCAGCUUGGAGCUUUUCUGGGCUCUUUCGUUAGUAUAUACAAGGGUACCAGUUGCUUCCUACGCUGGAUCAGAAACCUGGAUGAUGAACUACAUGCUAUUAUAGCUGGAUUUUUGGCAGGAGUAUCAAUGAUGUUUUAUAAAAGCACAACAAUUUCCAUGUAUUUAGCUUCCAAAUUGGUGGAGACACUGUAUUUCAAAGGCAUUGAAGCAGGAAAGGUUCCAUAUUUUCCCCAUGCAGAUACUAUCAUCUAUUCCAUCUCCACAGCAAUCUGCUUCCAAGCAGCUGUCAUGGAAGUUCAGACUUUGCGACCAUCUUACUGGAAAUUCCUUUUAAGGCUCACCAAGGGCAAAUUCGCUGUCAUGAACCGAAAAGUCCUUGAUGUAUUUGAUACGGGUGCAUCCAAACACUUUCAGGAUUUUAUCCCUAGAUUGGACCCAAGAUACACGACUGUACCACCAGAGCUGCCCAUCGAGUUUUCCUGAAGAUGACUAUAAUUUAUUAAUGUGUCUUAAUGUUCCAUUAUUUUAUCCUGAAGAGUUAAUUAUGUUGAACACAAAGAAGGGGCACCGAGCUUGAACUUCGAGAGAUGCUCAUUUUGUUUGCUUUUCUUACCAAUCAGAAAUACAGAAGCUUUUUAGUAAGAUGUUGCUUAAUAAUUAAGCUCCCUCUGUAGCCAGAAUCUGAUUCUAGAUGACUGUAGUUGUUGACAUGAUGAUAUACUAUUGAUUAAAUUAUGUGCACAAGCAAUAUUAAAUAAUCUAUGUAAAAAAUAAGAUAUACUUAAAGUUACUUUAAACAAUGUGUUUAGUUCAUUCCAGUAUAAUCUUGGUUAAAGCUAAGAAUAUUUCUCCACUUUAGGAUACAGAGGCUCACGGGUACAUGGAUUCGCUCUGUAUUUUUUUUUAACUUUUGAAUUGGUGAUUUUAGUGGUGAAAUGUUAUGGGUAUGAAUUAACUCUUCACAGACAAUGCUGCUUUAGUAUAGAGCAAUUUAAGUGGCCGUUCAUACUUCAGGGAUUCAGAGACGGGUCUCUCACUGUUCAGAUGAACCCUGGGCAUCCGUGCUCUUCUUCCACCGACACCUUGAUCUCUCUCCGCGGUGGGCUGCGGCUGCGCAGCCCAGCCUGGCGAGCCUAUGUACUGACGGUGGGUUGGGUGCAAAUGGGAAUUGACACAGCUGAUAAAGUUGAAAUGUAUGUUUUAAUCUUUUGCAGAAACAUUACACUUGAAUAUUUAAAAGCAAAUGAAGUUACUCUUAAACCUCCUGUAGUUUUAUUAUGUUUGUUUGCAUUUACAAGGACUAAAUUUUUCAUGGCUAAGUUUGUGUGCCAUUGUUGACUUAGAAGGGAUCAGAAUUCUAUGGAACAAAAGUAGUUUUGACAGGUCGGCAGUUUUGUUUCCUCACAAAUCUUGACGCUUAUACAGUGGCUGUUUUACAGCUAAAAAGAAUAUAACAAUCCAGUAGUUGUAUAAAAGUGUGUAUACAAACUUUUUUUAAUGAUGUAUGAAAGCAACAUCACUAAUUGCAUUCAGUUUCUAGCCUCUUUUCAAAAAAUCAUUGUCACCAUUUUUACUCCUGUUAGAAUAAAAAAGUGACAACAUGUACUCACUGCUGAUUAUGGGUUAGUUCAGGACGCCUGUGUUUGAAAUAUGGCCACUCUUGAGAGCUUUUCAGGGAAAAGGUAUACUUUUCUAAGUUAAUCAAAGGCUUAAGUGGUGUGAUGUCUACAGUUAUGUUACAUAUAGGGAUGAUGGUAUAUUUUUAAAUAUAAUUUUGUUGCUGAAAAGUUUUAGGCCAUUGUAAAUUAAUUAUGCUGUGGAACUUGUGUUGCAAAAGAAGUACAACCCAGACGUUAAAAAUGCUUAGUUCUGCAUAUUUGAUUUCAUCAAGCCUUAUACGCCUCUGUUUACAUGUAAUCCUAUCCUAGGUUGUUAUGGCGAACUGAAACCCAACAAAAAGACAGACUCUGGUACCAUGGUAACAGGGAGAGCCACUUUUAAUUUGUUCAGAGUUUUGCAUUGUGAUUAACUUUUUAGCAUUGACUUGUCUAUUAGGCAAUACUGUUAAAGGAUCGUUUUAUUUCAAGACUUCAAAAUUGAUUAAUAAAUUAAGUUUUAAGUUUUUAUUCACUGGAAUCAAAA